CGCGCAACCACACCACACGACGACUCGCACUCGCACAGAUCGGAGAAAGAGAGAGAGAGAGAGAUGGCUGGGAGGCUAACCGCAGCGGGGUCCCGCAUCCUAGGCGGCGGCGGCGCACGCGCUGCGGCCGCAGCGCUCCGGCACCGCGCCGGCAUGGGCCUCCCCGUAGGCCGCCACAUCGUCCCCGACAAGCCCCUCCCUACGAACGACGAGCUGCUGUGGGACAACGGCACGCCCUUCCCGGAGCCCUGCAUCGACCGCCUCGCUCCGCACAUCGGAAAGUAUGAGGCAUUGGCGUGGCUGUGCGGAGGACUGGGGUUCUUUGCUACUCUCGGUGUGGCCGCCGCUGUGAACGACAAGGCCUCCAAGAUCCCAUAUACUCCCAAAGUCUACCCGUACGACAAUUUGAGAGUUGAACUUGGUGACCGGCCUUAAAAGACUAGUUGCCUGUUGGAACAAGCACUGUGAUGAAUUGAGCACAGGGAAACUUUGUUGUUUAUCAUGUUUGUUUUUGUUGGGAUCACCAUGUUGUAAACUGCCACCAUAUAUGAUCUGCUGAAUCUUGUCAAGCAUGGCUUUGCCCUACAAUAAUGGAACCAGUGUCUUUGAGCAACUAUUUCACGGGCUAGGGAAUCAACUGUAACGAUUUGGUGUCUCAUUUUCUUUGUUCGCAUGUGGUAUCUUGAAACUUUAUACAA